AUGCGCGCAAAUAGGCGUGCUGCGGCGGCAGCGCAAACACCGCCCCAACCACAAGGCCCCUCAGGCCAGCAAUCUGGCAACCCGCGCCAGCACUCGGGCCCACCAGAGCCACCCAGGCACCGCCCCUGGGGCCCUCCAGCGCCCGCGCAAAACAGGUUUGCGCCCCUCGCGCAGGAGCCGACGUACCGCGAGACGGAGUGGCCUGUCUACGCAAAUGACUACCGGCCAUGCCGACAGCACCAGGGCCAGCCCAAGCCGCACUUUAAAAAACACCCGAGCGGCCACAAGAAUGGCAAGGGCGCCCCCCGCCAACCGCGCGACACACCUGCGACUCCCGCACUGCAGCCACCGGCCAAAACGCCCAGCAGGCAGCAGCAGGCCCCCCCCUGCUCAGGCACAGCAGGCCUCGCCUGCACCUGCCGACGCAAUGGCAGUUGA